AUGAUAGCGAUAUUUGUGAUCAUCUUGCUCGCUGUGGCAGUGUUCACAACACUUGUACUUCAUAGAUAUAUAUCAUUCAGAAAGACGCCAUUAUAUGUAUAUGUUAUGGCAUGGAUAGGAUGGUACAUGUGCUUUGGUAUAGUUGUAUUGGUCCCUAUUGAUAUCCUUGCAACAAAGUACAGAUCAUGUCAAGAGAAUGAUGAAGACUGCAAUCAUAAACCACUUUCAUAUGUGUCUAGUAAUGUACUAGCUGUAUUCUAUCAGAUAUUCUACUUUGGAUCAUUGUUACUCACAUGGUUGAUAUACCCAUUCCUUGGAUCACUUGUUUUGGCAGGUGACUUUAAACUCACUGGAAGGAUCAAGCGAUCAAUCAAGGAGAACCUAUUAUUGUACUCUAUAUUCCUUGGCAUUGGUAUUGUCAUUGUGAUCUGGUUGUUGGCCGUCAAACAUCUUGACUGGUCAUCAAUGGUCGGUUAUGUAAUGGCCGCCGCCAACACCUGGGGUAUCAUCUUGGUAAUCAUACUUAUGGGUUAUGGCCUUGUAGAGACACCAAGAUACAUUUGGAACACAGCAAAUAGACAGAUUACUCUUAAGCAUCUUCAGUUCCAAGUGUGUAAUCUGAUGCAACAAAAGAAGAAGGCACAAGAGGAGUUGUUCAGCACGUUGAAGCUCAUUAAGAAGGUGGCCGAUCGCACAAGGAAGUAUGACCCCUUCGAGGAAUAUGUACAGACCAUUGUCAAUCAAUGUCCACCAGAGUACGCCGCCAUUGCGCAUGGCGAGGGCGUGAUAGAUGUCACAUACGACUCGCUGGUAUCACUCAACUCUCGUCUGAAAAAUGCCAUCCUCGACAAGAACAGAUCAGAUUCGUUGUAUAAUCAAUGCGUUGACGAAGCGAUCGAGUUGGAGGACAUCAUGAACAGCGUGGCCAAUCCCGACUGGAUCAUUCAUUGGAGCUUCAAGGAGCCACGUACAGGACGGUUCGCUUACCAGCGCGACAGAUUCGAAUGGAUCUGGUAUACAUACCUGCAGGUUCCAUCUAUGAUCGCAUUGGCCGGACUCUUUGUCCUGCAGUCGUUGCUAUUGAUUUGGUCAGAGAUAUCAGUUGCAGUCAGGAGUACCGAUGUCUCUGUACUCUCUAACAUUGCCAAGCACACCAACAUUGACAACAUUGGCAUCCAAAUCAUUCUCUUCUUCCCACUUGGAUACGCUGCUUUGGUCACCUACAGCACACUCUUCAAGAUCCGUAUCUUCAACUACUAUCGCCUUAUCCCUGGUCAACAUUCCGACUCCAACAGUAUACUCUUUAGUGCUGCCUAUCUUUGUCGAUUGGCAGCACCAUUGUGCUACAACUUCAUCACAUUCAUUACAUUUAACAACAUUGAAACGACAUUCACAUUGGUCAUGGGCGAGAUGAACUCUACGCCAUUCCUUGGCAAAUACUUUUACAUCUACUUCCCCAUCGUAAUUCUUGUUGUCGUGUUGGCCACUGCCUUCAACCUGUACACUAGGAUCAUGAACAUGCUCAACAUCACAAUGUUUAGAUUCGACUCUGACUUCUCCCAUGACCUCAUAGAUGAAGGAAAGAUGAUACUACAUCAUGAGAGGAGAAAGAAGUCUGUUGCGAUCAAGACAUCGGGACAUAGCGAGGUAUCGUUGUCUAGUUCAUGGCUAAAUAAGAGUAAUGGUGGCACAAGUAAUAAGUAUUCGCCGAGUCUGGGCAGUAGCAAUGGAGCGAUCAUCACUGGCGGACCAGACAACAUUGGAUCAUCACGUUAUGAUACGUACAAUGCAAUGGGUAGUCCAUCACGAAACUCAUCCAGCCCAUCACUUGGAGGUAUCUCCAGUCAAGACCGAUUGAGAACGUCAAUGUAUGGCUUCCCCAGCAUGUCCAAGAUAUUUGGCACCGAUCGCAGCAAUGACGACCGCGAGACACUGCUGAGACAGAAUGAAGAACCAUAA